CUCCUGAGGGAGUUCCUGAGGCCGGACUGGAGGACCUCUUGUGUGUUAUGUGACUCUGACUUGGCUGCCAGUGAGCGAGCGUGCACCAUCAGAGAUAUGUACAUUGCCAUUCCUGCAAGCGUUAGAAGCCAUCUACCUUGGAGAGAUGGUAGGUGGCAAAGUCUGCACCGUUUGAUCCACUGAAUCUCAGACGGAAUAAAAGGAGAUGAUGAAGCAAGUGACGAGUUACAGAGUGCUGUGUUUGCGGCGUGCUUGUUUGCGUCUUUGUGCGUAGAAAACAAAGGGAGAGGAUUGUAGAGAUGGGUGACAGCAUAAGGUAACAUGGCAAUAUGAAGGCAUAAACACAUAUGCUGGUUCCUACGUGGCCGUCUUGAUCAGCAGAUCGUGGCUGUUUGUAUGGAGCUUUUAGCUUUUAGCCUUGAGCUAUUAGAAUUGACGGCGCCAACUUACAGCUUCUUACUACAACGGGUUGCAUUACCUUGCAUUAUGAGCUGUGCUUUCAACAAGAAAAUGAAUCCAUCACUGGCUGCUCUGCUGCGUGUUACUGUUAUCAACUAUCGAGUCAAUGUCAAAACUCCAACUCCGUCAAGACACAGCGACGGCCCCAUCGUCCGUGGCGGGGAAAUGCCAGCCCGGGGUCCUAGUGGAGCUCUAGCAUGGAUCCGCCCCCCAGUUUCUAGAAAGCUACAGCACGGCGCGACGACCUCAGUGGAACGAUCCAGCACCAUCCAAGGCGGCCACCCCCAAACUGUUAGCGCGCAGCACCGCCUGAAGCCCCUCCAAAUGGCACCAGACUUCCGUCAUCCAUCCAUGCACCCUCUUUUUUUUAAACCUGUGCUGCCGCAGCCUUGUUUUGAUUCCCUAUUUGUUUAUCUGCAACCCAUUUCGCGAUCGACGACGCCGCCGAAUCCUCUCAAUUAGCUUCACUGUGAUUUUGACAGCCAGCCCUUGAUCUUUGCCAGUAGCAUUUCUGUCUUUUGUCUUCUGCUUCCUCUUCCUCUUCUGCUUCUGCUGCUGUAGGCAUCAUGAGCGGGUCGCGGCCACUGCGGGGCGGGUGCCAAUGCGGCCGAAAUCGUUACAUCAUCGCCAUCCCAGAGGACGGCAUCAAGGACGCUCAGGUCCUGUUCAACACUGAGCCUCAGCAUCGUAAGAGCACCCCC